GUUUAUAUAAUAUUUCCUUCUUGCUGUUUAUAAACAUUGAAAUAUUAUUUUAUGUUUUGAGUGCAUUGAUAAAUUAAUAUAUAGGUCUUUAUAGAUGCACAGAGAUACUAUAAAUUGUUGAUAACUAUUUCAAUUGAUACUUCAUUGGUAGGUAAUGAUUUGCCUAAGGACUUUGUACCUACAAUAAAAAUUUAUUACAAACAAUAUUGAAAAUAUUCUGAAGAUGAGCAUAAAACUUGAAACAGUGAGUAAAUUGACAAUGAAAAUAAAAGCAGCUUAUGAAAAAUUCUUACAUGAAAUUCCAUCGGAUAUAAAAAGCAAUUUAGUCAAUAAAUACAAAUUACUAGACACAUCAGAUGUAAGAGAUCUUUCCAAAAAAUUAUUUGAAAGUACUCUUUUUGACUUCAUGGGUAUGAAAGGGGGUAAUAAUGCUGAAACAUCUUUGAAAUGUAGAAUAAAGGAGAAUGAUUUCUUAAUACCACCUAACUCAAGAUUUUAUUGUGGUUGUGUGAAGGAACAGUGUCUGAAAUUGGAUGGGAAUAAGUUUGACAUAGUUGUUGCUGAUCCUCCUUGGUGGAAUAAGUACAUACGGAGGCUGAAGAAUGCUAAUGAGAAGUUGAGCUACUCAAUGAUGUAUAAUGAAGACAUAGCAGCAAUACCAGUACAGAACCUUAUUUCUGGAAAUUGCCUUAUUGCAGUGUGGUGUACAAAUGCGCCAAGUAAUGUUGCCGCUGUCAAAAAUAUAAUUUUCCCUAAAUGGGGAGUUGAAUAUGUGGGUACUUGGUACUGGAUGAAGGUUACAGUGGAUUUGCAGCCGCUGUGUAGUUUCGGUUCUGGUUGUAAAAAGCAGCCUUAUGAGAGGAUUAUAUUGGGGAAAGUUGGGGAUAUAAAUGAUAUACCUGAUGAUCAGGUGGUGGUCAGUGUGCCCAGUGCCUUGCAUUCACAGAAACCACCAUUGUUAGAUAUUUUAACACCAUUCGUGAAGACAGAAAACCCUCAAACUUUAGAAUUGUUCGCGAGGUACCUUUUGCCGAAUACAACUAGUGUUGGGUACGAACCGUUGAAAUGGCAACACGAAUCCUUGUAUGAGGAAGUUACAUGA